UAUAUCAAUGUCUAAUCAUUUUUAUUUCGUAACUUUGGUUAAAAAAAGAUUUAUCGGGUUAUCAAUUAAAUAAACACUUGUCAGUAAAUAUUUACCGGGUUUUGAAUUUUUAAAAAUACCGCGGGAAUUUUAAAUUGUUAAUACAAUGUAGUUAAUAAAUGUUGAAAUUAUUUAUCAAGAGAAUUAUUUUGAAUAAUAAGUUAGUAGUGGGGAUUUUUCGAGGUCAGGUUUUUUUCGCAGUGGCAGGAUUUGUAACUGUAGCUGUGGACAAGACAAUAUUGUAUUGAUAUAUAUAUAUUCAUAUUAAUUACAUAUUUUAAUUAUAUUCAUUGAAUUUAUUCUGGUGCAUUCUCUUAUUUCAUAUCGUAUCAAAUGUCACUUUCGUUAAAUAUUUUACAAGUCAAAAAAAUUAGGUUCAACGUAUUGUUGUAAACAUCUGGUUUGCUGAUAUAUUUAUUUAUUUGGUGAUCAAUUGAAAUGGCUCUGUCAAGAAUUAGAUGUUCAAAAGAAUUUUCAUCUGUUUUAAAUAAAUUUAAUCAUACAGUUGACGCACAUUCAAAAAAAUUAAUUGAAUUUAAAUAUCCAAAUAUUCCGAAGACUGUCAAUUUUCAUCUAUCACGUGUACGUAAUUAUCCAGAAGCACCAAAAAUACCUUUGCCACUCAACGUGUCUGAAAUAUUCGGUAAUGAAACUGGUCGAUUUACUCCAGAGCGUGCUAGAGACAUAACAGCACCAGUUUUAUCGCUGAUGAAUGGACCCAACGGAGCGUCCAAUCGCUUGAAUUCGUCAAGAACUUGGGGUGGAUUGAGAUGUGUUGACUCUCAUGUUGCUUCUUAUGAUUGUUUUGGGGCUGUGAGUCUGAACAGUAGCAUGCAGACGAUGGUUCCAAAGCCCUUCUGCUCAGUUGGAAAGUCAACUUACCUAAACAUGCCUGGUGGUCAGUGGGCCAGAGACGGAAAAUAUAUCGCCCAAGACAUGCAAAAGUCCCAUUAUGCUGUUCUGAAGAAUCAAAAGUCAAGUUUUUCUAAACGUACUUUAUCAUCGACGAUUUAUCAAGUACAAGUCGCUCAGUAUUCCACGGAUACUAAUAAACAAAUGGAUUCAAAAGAUUCAUCAGCUUCUUUGCCACCUUCGUCAUCAAACGACAAAAAUGAAAAAUUAACAAAUGGUCAGAAACUUAAAAAAGCUGUUAAGGAUUACGGGAGUACUGUAGUUAUAUUCCAUAUAACAAUUUCAUUGAUGUCACUUGGUAUUUUUUACGUUAUUGUUUAUAGUGGACUAGACAUUCAAGCAUUCGUCAAAAUGCUUCCCGGUAAUUCAAGUGAACGACUGGAGAAUGUUAUGGCAAACUCAUCAACAUUUCUAAUAGCGUACGCAAUACACAAGUUAUUUGCUCCGGUAAGAAUAUCAAUAACUCUAGGAGCAACACCAUUCAUCGUAAACUAUCUGCGAAAAAUUGGUAUUCUUUCGAAAAAAGUCACUAAAACGUGACCUUAAUACUAUAAAUAUAGAUUAUAAAUCUUUUUGUAUGAGAAAUAAUAAAUAGGUGGAGGGUUUUUUUUUAAUUUAAUAAAAUAAUGCCAAGCAGAAA